AUUUUGAAACGUAAUCAAACGACGUGGCGUAAAAUGAACAUGCCGCCAGAACCGACGGUGAUAAUGUCGGAGGAGGAAAACGGUACGGAGCGUUUACAGGAUGGACGCUAUCAGCACCGGCAACCGAACAAAACGCCAAUCGCCAAUCGACGCUCCCAUCGGACGGUGCUGUUGGUCGCGAUGAUCCUGUUGAUGCUGCAGCUGAUACCCUUCGCAAAGGCAGACAUUCUAGUCUAUCAGAUGCUGAACGAUCAGAUUAUCGAAGAAUUUCGUGACCUUCCAGCCACCUUUGGGGGUGAAAUUCCCGACUCCGGGCUGAAGGUACUGGCGGACAAAUCCGAUCCACCGGAUGGUUGUACUGAAAUGCGCCCAGCACCGAAUGUUACCAGCAAGUUUGCGGUAGUAAUUGCACGUUACAACUGCUCGUUCGAGGUGAAGGUACGCAAUGCGCAACAGGCUGGAUACGCAAUGGUUAUCGUGCACAAUGUGGGCAGUAACGAUUUGGAGCACAUGUCUGCCAAUCAUCCGCAAGAUCUGCUCAUUCCGUCGGUGUUUGUUGGCGAAAGCAGUGGGCGCAGCAUCAUCGAGGCGUACCUGUACGAUCGAGAUUAUGCUCUCGUCAUUACCGAUGACAUCCCGUUCAACAUUAGCAAUAAUCUGAUUAUUCCGUUCGCCAUUGUAGUUGGGUUGUGCUUUAUCAUCAUGCGUGUAUUGCAGGUGCUGUUCAUGAUUAUUCGUUGUAUUCGGGAGCGCCGUCGUCGGAUGCGUCAUCGAUUGCCGGCCCGCGUACUUCGAAGGAUCGGCAUUGUAAAGUUCGCCAAAGGGAUGCGGUUCGAUGUGUGUGCCAUCUGUUUGGAAGAUUUUGUGGAGAACGAGCGUCUUCGGGUGCUGCCCUGUCGGCAUGCAUAUCACGCGAUCUGCAUCGAUCCUUGGUUGACGAAGAAUCGGCGCGUUUGUCCUAUCUGCAAAAGGCGAGUGAUUGUGCGAGGCGAAGCACGCCAGCGUCGUUACUCCAGCGACAGUAUGUCAUCGACGAAUGCGGACGAAUCGACACCGCUACUUAACUCGACGGAUAACAGUGCAACGGUGGGAAGUGGUGGUGGUGGUGCUGCUGCUGCAGUCGUAACCGCCCCACCUGUAACAUCGUCUUCCACUCCAGCUGCUCUAGUCGGUAAUGUGGCUGUCCCACCGUCAUCAGCCACUCCACAAACGGAGGAACAGCACACGCAACAGAAUGCCGCUCCCAACAGCCAUGUUAUGGAGGUGCCGGCCUCCGAUGACGAUGAUGAACUGUUGGACGAUCGGAAUGUACCUAGUGCACGGUGGUUGUUGCGUGGCCGUGCUUCCUCGCAACAGCAGCAGCAGCAGCAACAACAGCAACCACCCAACGAGUCACCGUACACAUCGAUCGGUGACAAUGUUGUGGUUCCACUGUCCCGUUGGAGGUUUUUCCAAAGAUUGUUUUCCUCUCAAACUUCAACGGAUCAGCAACACGUAACCAGCAUCACUCAGCAGGAAGCAGCUUCACCACAACCACCAGCACUUCCGCAGCAACCGUUAUCGUCAUCCUCACCGGUCAAUCCCACCGCAAUGCCCCUCGGUACCGGCGGCAAUAACAUCCUCAACGCGCAGCUGUCCGGUUCGUUCCACGGUUCGGAGGAUACGACCGACGACGAGCUGCUCGAUGCAAUGCACCGUCACCGGGCACGGCAGGCACAGGUCCGUUCCGCACCGGACAUGCCCUCGACCAGUGCGGGAGCGCGUCUCGGUGUGGCCGCAUUACCGAACGUCAACUUUAACCCGGCCGGUGGAGCAGCAGCAGCACCAGCACCGACAGAAUCAGUGCCCGGCUCGGGGGUUGGUAACAACAGACGCGCCCCACGGCGUUCUCUGUGGUCGUCUGAUACUAGUGGCAACAACAACAACAACAACAACAACCACAUUGUGUAA